AUGAAACAAAUUAAAAAUGAUGUUGAAACAACAUCUAAUACAAUUUAUGAAAAAAGUCUUUUAUCAUGCUCUAAUAAUCAACCAUAUUCAAUUGCAUUCAUAGAUUCUAUAUCAAUAUAUUUUGAUAAAAUACAAAAUCAUGUUGAAUUAACAUGUCAAUUUUCAACAGGUGAUAUAUGUGAUAUAUUACGUUUUAUAAUAUUUAUAUCAGAAAUAAUUUAUAUAAAUAUACUUCAAAAAAAAACAUCAUUUCUUAGUAGUGAAACAGAUCAAAUAAUAUCAUGUUGUACGUUAUCGAAAACACUAUUAUCAAUAUUUGAAUAUCUUUAUCAACGACAUGGUUUAACUGUAUCAAAUAAACAAAUCAAUCAUUAUAAUCAUAUUUAA